AUGAAUUUUCUCAUUCCAUCUCUUUGUGAAUAUCUUAUUUCACAUGGUGCAGAUGCAAAAGAUACGAAUGAAUUAAAGAUUACUCCUUUACAUUUUGCAGCAUCAUUUAAUUGCACAGAAAUUGCAGAAAUUCUUAUUAAGAACGGAGCAAAUAUCGACGCACAAAAUAACGGUGAUGAGAUUCCUCUUAUGUACGCAUCUCUUUCUGAUAGUGCAGAAGUAGCAGAACUCCUUCUUUCUCAUGGUGCAAAUAUAAAUGCAGUUGAUAGCAUUGGAAAAAAUUCUCUAUUAAAAUCAAUGAAUAGGCAUGCUAAUAAUGUAAUAAAGCUUCUCACCUCACAAGGAAUAGAUAUCAAUGCGAAAGAUCCCAAUGGCAAUACAAUGCUUCACCACGCUAUUGAUUCUGCUGAUUUCCAUAUGGUAGAAAUCCUCAUUUCUAAUGGAGCAAAUGUCAAUGAAGUAGGUGAAUUAGGAUUAACACGAAAGAAUAACUCAACUUCUGAUUAA